UUACAAACCACGACCUCGCCCACUACAACUUGCCACCCUAAGACAAGAAGACAUGGCCCGCACCAAGCAGACCGCGCGUAAGAGCACUGGUGGCAAGGCCCCGCGUAAGCAGCUCGCCGCCAAGUCCGCUCGCAAGACUGCCGCCAACGCCACUGGCGGUGUCAAGAAGCCCCAUCGCUUCAGGCCCGGUACCGUGGCCUUGCGCGAGAUCCGCCGUUACCAAAAGUCCACCGAGCUCCUCAUCCGCAAACUCCCCUUCCAGAGGCUUGUUCGCGAAAUCGCUCAGGACUUCAAGACCGACCUCCGCUUCCAGUCGAGCGCCGUGAUGGCUCUCCAGGAAGCCGCUGAGGCAUACCUCGUGUCCCUCUUCGAAGACACCAACUUGGCUGCUAUUCACGCCAAGCGCGUUACCAUCCAACCGAAGGAUCUCGCCCUUGCCCGCCGUCUGCGCGGAGAGCGCUCAUAGGCUGUCGCACUCUACUCAUCCUCACACUGUACUAUUAGUUGUACAAGUAGCUCGUUUUGUCACCUUUUCUCGCCAUAAUAGAGCUCGACGCGCGGCGUCUUGGUCUGCCAUUA